CCUGCGACUCGCUGGCUCGCCUGUUGCGGAGGCCGCUGGCUCCUCGCUUGCAAUCCUCCGCCGACGGCUUCGCGCUGCCCGGGGAUCGGGAACCUGCGAGACUCUCGUCUGCGGUGCUAAGGGUGUGCCUCAGCAGCCCAAGGCGCAGAAGAGGGACGCCCCGGCCUUGGGGCCACUGCCCUCGCAUUAUUUUCGUUGUCGCGAACGCCGUCCGCCCGGGAGGCGCCCCGUGACCGGCGCGAUGAGUGCCAACGAGGACCAGGAGAUGGAACUGGAGGCAUUGCGUUCUAUUUAUGAAGGAGAUGAAAGUUUCCGGGAAUUAAGUCCGGUUUCAUUUCAAUAUAGGAUAGGUGAAAACGGUGAUCCCAAAGCCUUCCUAAUAGAGAUUUCCUGGACAGAAACCUAUCCCCAGACACCUCCAAUCAUAUCUAUGAACGCCUUUUUUAACAACACCAUAUCAUCAGCUGUAAAGCAGAGCAUAUUAGCCAAGUUACAGGAAGCAGUGGAAGUCAAUCUCGGGACGGCCAUGACCUACACAUUGUUUGAAUAUGCCAAGGACAGCAAAGAGCAGCUCAUGGAGAAUCACCAUCCUGUCCAUUCGGCUGCGUCCAUAAGCAAUAUCAUCUCAGUUGAAACUCCUAACACAGCCCCAUCAAGUAAGAAAAAAGACAAAAAAGAACAACUCUCAAAAGCCCAGAAACGUAAGCUGGCAGAUAAAACAGAUCACAAAGGAGAACUUCCUCGAGGUUGGAACUGGGUCGAUGUGGUGAAGGUAUGUAAUAUUUAUAUUUCAGUCUUCAAAAAAUUGUUACAGUUAUUGCCAUCAAGUAAUGAAAUUUAUAUCUUCCAUUUUCUCCCCUUCAACCUUUGGAUUUUACUGGGAUGUCUGUUUCCUUUUUCACGUUCAGCAUUUAAGCAAAACUGGCUCUAAAGAUGAUGAAUAGCACUUGGAAUUUGAGACGAGGGAGGAACAGCAUCCUUUAAAAAGUAAACUGGGUUCAAAAUCUUUCAUUACUCUUUUCUGGUAUUGAGGUGGCUUUCUAUAAAACAAUUUUUUUUGUAUGUUUCUUAUGUAAAAAAAUGUUUUAAGCUGAAAGUUCAUGAAGAGAUCUGGUUGUAUUAAAUUACUUUCACAAACUUGCCUUAAUAAAAGGUGAAAAUGUUACUGUUUAGUAUACUUUAUGAAGCCAAUUGGCCUUUAUAAAUGGACAAAUAUGGAGAAUUAUAAAUCAUCAGUGUUAAUUUAUGUGAUCUUAUUCUGGUGGAUGUGAUUUUUUUUAAGGAGUGUGAAGCGCUUUUCAAAUUCUCAUCCCAAUGGAGCAGAAGACUGAGUGAACAGUGAGUUCACAGCGUGAUCCAUAUUAAUAGGCUUCUCGUCUUUACAUCUUCAUCCCUUCUUUCUCUUAAUUACUGAAGCAUAAAUUGCUUCAGAGAAAUUUAAAUACUAGUAUUUGAACUUUAUACAUAAUAUUCUUUGUAGUUCCUUUUUAUUUUUCAAGGGUGAACUGCUUUUUAAUAAAUGAAUAUCUGUUUAUACUUUCCUCCUGGUUUGGGUUAUGUUUGAUCAUGAGAGCUUUCAAUGGUAUGUGGAAUAGGAGAAAGAAAGAAAAAAAAAAAACCAAAUCUGCCAAAUACAUUAGAAAGCAUUUGACUAGAAGUGCUGGUUCCUAUUUAAAACCGUUCCCUUUGCUGCAUAUACCAAAAUGGGAGUAAAAGAUGCCUUAAUAUUUAAUUUUUAUAUUGUUAGAGACAGUGGUUUUCAUAAAUUCCUAUUUAUCUGUUGUUGUGUAUUUUUAGUUGUUUGAUAACUGAGUUCUUCUAAGUGGUUUCACAUAAAACCACAUUUCAAGCAUUGUUUCUUUUCAAGUAUCCAAAUGUACGUCUGAGCCCACUCACCUUUGUAAAAAUAGACAUAGAAGUCUUUCAAAUGCUGUUUUAGCAGGAAGUUACUGAUGUGUAUGUGCGAUUUACAGUGACUCUGUAUAUACUCCCCAGCUUGAAAAGCACUUAGAACUACUGCUGUGGUUUCUGGAAGAGUCAGUUGUUGGUUCCUCAGUUACACCUGUGCAGCUCGGGUCUGAGUUUUUAAAGAAUAGUUAACUUUUAAAGAAAUUUCUUUAUCAAAAGAGCAGUUUGAGUUAUAUCCAUGGUUUUUGCUGGGUUAACAUUGGCUUCAGUUAAAUCGUUUCAAUUACAAAGUAAGUAUAACUAUGGUGAAGAAGCUUGUCUCAUUUUUAAAUGCUGAGUCACAUUUUAUUUCUUGAAUUAAUACGAUAGAAACGUCGAAAUUCAGGGCCACUGGAAUAUGCCAACUUUCUUGUUUUGGGGUUGUGUGUAUAGUUUUGUUGUGCUGAUUUGUUUGCUUGUUUUUUAAAGAAACUGAAACUGCUAUGUCUGCUAGUGGAAGAAAAUGCUUUGUUUUGCUCUGAAGAUUCUGAAAUUAUUCAGGCAUAUUGUGGUUCAUAGAUUACAAAGAAUAAUGCUAGUUAAAUGCCAAUGAACUAUUUUUACUCUUUUUAUACGAAAUGUACAAAUUUCGGGGCGGGGGGUGAUGGUGGCGGCGGUGCCUCUUACUACCUUAUGUAAAACACUUGAACAUUCUCAUCAAUAUUGCCAUCAUCUGUUUAAUACUCCCAGUAUAUUUUCUCAACGUCUGUUUACCUAAAGUUGUAUGGAAUGACAUAAUAAGCAAUAAAAUCUGAAUUACACUCA